UUUUAUCUUGAAGUAGGGUCUCGCUAAAUCAGUAAAUUGCCCAGGGUGGGCUUGAAUUUGCAGUCUUCACCCUCGAAGGGUCAGGGCGCAGACAGGACCGGACGCAGGACCCGCUCCGGGGCGGAGCACUUUAGGUCUGGAGUCAGAGGCAUCUCUCCGCCCGCGACGAAGGCAGGGCGCUAGGUGCUCGGCUCUCGAUUGCUCGCACCUGGCGCGGCUGGGGCGCGGGAGCUCUGCGCUCGAGGGGUCGCGCCUGGCGGCGUCUGCGCAUGCUCAACGACCUCGGCAGGCGGUGGCGCGGGAUGUCGCGGGCCUCCAAGGUGGCGCUGGGCCUCUCCGUGUUGCUCACCGCGGCCACGGUGGCCGGCGUGCACCUCAGGCAGCGGCAGGACCGGCAGAGGCUUCGUGACGGAGUGAUCCGAGACAUUGAGAGGCAAAACCGAAAAAAAGAAAACAUUCGUCUUUUGGGCGAACAGAUUAUUUUGACUGAGCAACUUGAAGCAGAAAGAGAGAAGAUAUUGUUGGAAAAAGGAUCUCAGAAAACGUGAUUUCAGUGAAUGUGA